AACAUUUUCACACAAACGCGUUUUUUUCUGCGCUUCCUCUGAACAGCGUCUGUCAUUUUAGGCACCAUCCCGGUGGGAAUUUGGUCGCGCUAAUAGACUUUCACAGUUGAAGGUGACCCCAGACUUGCAGCCAUGCAGAAAAACUUGAUCGUCACCUGCACCCCUGAUGACUACAACAAGAAGAUGUUCCCACCCUUUAAGUGGUGGAAUGAUACCAAAGGUAAACGUAAAAAGAUUACCACCAUCAGAAGGGAUGAGUUACCUAUCCCAAAGCUACCUGAAAUCUACCCCUACAGGUACACCUCGGCGGGUCCCAGCACCAUAGGCAGAACAAAGAAGGAGAUGGACAUCCACAAAACUCUAUUUCGGAUCAAACCAAAAGUAAUUGGGGAGGACAAGCUGGAUCUUCACAUGGUCACUCAGGUCAAAGGUUAUGAGACGACGAGCAUGACGGCUUCUAUGGCCCCCUUCAUCAAAACGGUUGUCGACGAUUCGAUUGUCAUUGGUCGAGGUAUUGCUCCAGGUCUCAAUGAACCGCUGUACGUCCCAUUCAAAUCAUCCUCUAAGUUUGACAAAUACAUCAUUGACACGCUCCAUCCUGGUUGGCGUGAUGACCCCUUGUAUAAGAGGUGUGUGAAGUUCCACUUCCGGGACACUCCGGAAGACGAGGGGCCAACGGAUGUCUCCAAGCGCUAGGUCUGGCAUCAGAUUGUGUCUGUCAUUAUCUCCUAAGAUUCUCCCACUGACCAAUGCCCUGCAACACGAAGACCACACUUCUUGUAUGUCCGCACACUAUAUGGAAAAUCUACAUCUGUACCCUUAAGGUUUAUGACCAAUGUAUGUCUGUUGUAGAAAUAAAUAAAAACAAGAUAUACGAGUUUGGCCGAUCUGGUUUAAAACUUUUUAGGAAUUAAAAAUGAACUUCGUGAAAUUUUCACUUCCGCAAAUAAUUAAAUAAAAACAAGUUAAUGAAUAAAAUUGUUUAGAAAUCUGU